AUGGAUCAAUCCCUCGAGGCCAAGGUCGAGACAAUCUCCUCCCUUAGCCUAAGUGAGCUCAUACCCGCCCUUGCCUCACUAGCUUCCGGCCUGCAGCCUCUGAUCUCCCCCAUGGGUGACUCUCUCGUCACCCACCGCGAUUACACGGGCUUCGUCGCCCUCGACACCUUCGGCCGCCUCUAUCUCGACAGCGGCCGCCGCUGCACAGACGAGAGCGUCCCCCUCCAUACCCGCCUGCAACACGCCUCGCUCCUCGACCGCCUCUUUGAGUCACUGUACGUUCGUGAACGACAUUUCCUCCUCAAUGCCAUCGCCCGGGGUGUCGCCUCGGAGCCCCAACACCAACACAAACACACCCCGACAGAUGAAGCUCAACAAGGCAGAUGUUCAUGCUGUCGGGGGGAUCCCAACGCCGUCAUCCUCGCGGGUUAUGCAGAGGGGGAGGCCCUCUAUUUCACCUACAAAGAAUACCGAGCUCUGUGGGGUUCCCAGAGGGCAAGUGGGGGGCGGACCUUGUACAACCGAGAUGGGACUCCGAGACGGAGAUGGCUGAAGGCAUCCAGGGGACAGGUGGAGGAGGCCUUGAUGCGUGGGUGUAAUUACCACAGUCGUCCGGUGCUGUGUAAUCUUUAA